GCGCUACCGGGUGAAAACUGCCAAAAUGCUGCUGGAUCUGCCCGAGGAACAUAAGGAGCACUUGUCCUUCUUGCCAGGAGUGGACAGCGCGGUGGUCGCGGAAUUUGGGAGGAUUGCGGUGGAGUUCCUGAGGCGUGGUUCGAACCCCAAGAUAUACGAAGGCGCUGCCAGAAAACUCAGUGUGAGUAGUGAAACCAUCCAGCAUGGUGUGGAAGGAUUAACGUAUCUCCUCACUGAGAGCUCAAAACUCAUGAUUUCUGAACUGGAUUUCCAAGACUCUGUUUUUGUUCUGGGAUUCUCUGAAGAAUUGAAUAGAUUGUUGCUUCAGCUUUAUUUGGACAACCGAAAGGAGAUCAGAACUAUUCUGAGUGAAUUAGCACCAGACCUUCCCAGUUACCACAACCUGGAAUGGAGACUAGAUGUACAGCUUGCAAGCAGAAGUCUCAGACAACAGAUUAAACCAGCAGUGACGAUAAAGCUACACCUUAAUCAGAAUGGAGAGCACACCACCAGUGUUCUGCAGACAGACCCAGCUACCUUGCUCCAUUUGGUUCAGCAACUGGAACAAGCGUUGGAGGAGAUGAAAACAAACCACUGUAGGAGAGUUGUCCGCAACAUCAAAUAA